AUGUCAAGCUACUACCGAUAUGGUAAUUUCGACGGCAUCAACGGAGCGACUGCCAGCGAAAUGGCCCAGUCUCGCAUUGACGCCCAGACUGACUCCAUCCGCAGACCCGGAGUCAAGAUCGACGUCAUGAGUGACGAAGAGUGGAAUAGACGUCUACAAGCAAGUGAAGAGCGCAGACGCAAGAAAGAAGCUCAAAUUCAACUGGAAAUGGAACAGCAGCAUGCAACAGCCAAAGAGGCGGCCAUCAAGAUUCUCGCUCCGUACAUGGCCACGGUCAAUGGCCAGAGGGAGUACCAGGCGAAGCUUGCAAAGAAGCUCAAGGCUUAUCACGAGAAGCCAGCUGGUGACAAAACCUCUGCCCAAGAGUGGAGAGAAGCAUACGCCGAGGUUGGUCGCUUGCUGGCUGGUGUUCUUGUGGCGUUUCACUUCCAGCUGGACAAGCACAACGGUAAUAACGUGCAAGGUCCUGGCUGGGGCAAGUUCUCCGACGUUGGAUUGGAGCCUGACAUGCCGCAGAAUGCUGCACUUGGGGCUUACCUUGCACACCGACGUGUGCCCGUCAGUGAUGACGAAGUCAAGUAUCUGGAAAGUCUAAUUGAGAGAAAAGUGGACCUUCCAAUCUUUAUCAUCGCUGCCUCUGAGGACAACUUGAAGAGGAUUUCUCAAACAGAGGGGUCCUCGCUCUCCGCACCCAAGGCACUGUUGGAGUUUCUCAUACAAGAUGACUUGAUGCGAGAGGAAAUAACUGAGCUAUUCCUCGAGGACGACACUGAGUAG